CUCUGACCGGCGUGCAGCACACCGAGGGACGGCUUGGCAGCCGUCAUGUCCCACUCAGUGCUGAACCUCCAGGCCGGGGAUGAGGCGGCAUAUGCGGGGCCCGACGAGGACGACACGCUGGCCGAUGAGGAUGACGCAUGUCAGCUGGGGAAGCACAUGUCAGAGCGCAGGAGGGCCAGGUCGCUUCCGGCAUGCCCAGCUGCGCUGCUGGCCGCCGUGGCCGGAAGUAACGGGCCAAAGAGGGUCAAGUUUGCAGACUCGAUGGGCUUGAGUCUGGCCAGCGUCAAACACUUCAGCUCACUAGAGGAGCCUCAUGUCCCCAGCAAAGUGUUUUCUCGUCACGCCAGUUUUCCUCCACAAGGAGACCGGCUAGGGGUGCUAGACCACCACUUUGACCUGCCGGAGCCCCAUGACCCGGAUGGUCGUGUCCAACGUCUGCGUGUCUGCUUGGAGCAGCUCUCCGUCACGCAGUUUGACGUGCGGGGCCACGUACGUGUGCUGAGUGGCAGUGCACACAGAGAGGUUGGGGUUCGCUACACCUUCAACGACUGGCUCUCCCAUGUGGACGCGCAGGCUCUGCUUGUGGACGUGCAGCUUCCGGGUGGCGUGGGCAUGCGCUACAGCUUCACCAUGUACACGCCGCCUUUCAUGGAACCUGGUUCGGCGGUCCACUUUGCCGUGUACCUGCGAACUGAAGAGGGGGAGUUCUGGGACAACAACGACGGCCGGAACUUCAGCCUCCGGUACCGAGGUUUGCACGAGCAUUUUGUCUGCGCCCCCUGAGCAGAUAGUUUGCGCUGUGAUGUCACUGCAUCAGAGGUCAUCUUCAAAAACUCAUUUGAAAGGCCAAAUGGCCACUCAGAAGUGAUGACAAGCUGAAAUAAAAGUCAUCUGUGGAUGUGAGACGUGGUUCUGUUUUGUUCUGUUAGAACCAAGAUAGAACAACCAUGCACCAGGCUGGAUUGCAAAGGUUAAACUUUUUUUAAAACAGGUCUGCAUCAUCCAAAGUCCUGCAAAAGAGGCCCAAAUUGACCAAAGUGACCUCUAUGUUUGGUUAGUCAACACUCGUGACUGAUGGUGUGUUCCAGAGUGCUGGGGAUUAGGAAAUAUCCCACUUGGACACAUUAUGGCGGUUCAAGGCAUGCAAUGUGAAAGUAAACAAAAAGAAAUGGCUGACCUCAAGAAGCAUGUUUAGUAUUAGAGGUACAUUAAAGCUGAUGUAUUAAAAACUAGUCUGUCACAAAUUCCCACAUUUCCUACUUCCCAUUUGUCUGGAAGGCAGCAUUAACAUGACAACGAACAGACUGCAAACAGCAAUUUUAAAAAACGUGCACCACCGCACAUGCAACAAACGGAACUCUCUGUCCCUGAUCAAUGUGGUCCCAACAGAUGACCCCCGCUAUCAGGCCACACAACGUGCGCAGCAUGUGCAGGGGUUGACAAACAUGACAUCCAUAUUUGUGUGCAAAUGGACCGGCACACUCGCCCCUAAGUUAACACACUGGUCUAUUAUUAGCGUGGCACGGUCAAUCACCUGCUUUACCUUCGCCCUACAAAACCUUUACCUGACCGCCCCUCCCCUCCCCUCCUUCUGUGCUGCAAAGUAGGUAAAGUCAUGACAGCAACGCAUUUGUUGGUUCCGUGCCAAAAUAAACUUUUGAUGUUUCUGAU